GACUCAGGUCAGGUUUAAGAAUGAGUUUCAUCAGCUGCAUGUGUAUGUUGUUGAUGGUCUGGACAGAAACCUGCUAAGUCGUGAGAUGGCUGUGCAGAUGAGGAUGGUGUGUCGCAUUGAUGAUGUUCUGCCAGAAGGCCCUGCGGAGGAGGAGCCCCUGGGCACGAUGGUCGGUGAACCAGUCCGGAUCCAUCUCCGAGAGGACGCCCAGCCCUACUCUGUGAGCUCCGCAAGGCGCAUCGCGUUGCCGCUCCUGCCAGCGGUCAAAAGGGAAGUACAGCGCAUGCUCGAUAGCGACAUAAUUGAACCUGUUACCACUCCAUCAGAUUGGUGCGCCCCAAUUGUGCCUGUAGUCAAGAAAGGUUCAGGGGAUGGUGGAGAACCGAAAGUAAGGUUGUGUAUAGAUUUUAAGAAACUGAACCAUGCCAUUAAACGUGAGACAUACCAGCUUCCCACUGUUGAUGAGCUGAUACCGAGGCUUGCGGGAGCCAAGAUGUUCAGUGUGCUUGAUGCUUCAAGUGGAUUUUGGCAACUCCCUCUCCACAAGGAUAGCCGCCACCUGACGUGCUUCAUAACGCCCUUCGGCAGGUUCCGCAUGAAGCGCCUACCUUUCGGCAUUUCCAUAGCCCCAGAGGUGUAUCAGAGGAGGAUGAACCUGCUGCUGGAAGGCAUCGAAGGAGUCGCCUGCUACAUGGAUGACGUCCUCGUGUUCGGAGCUUCUGAGGAGGAGCAUGACAAGAACCUGAAACAAGUUCUCAAGAGGAUGAAAUCGGAGGGACUGACCCUGAACCAGAGCAAGUGCCACCUGAGACAGAAGAGGUUGAAGUACCUGGGACACAUCGUCAGUGAAGAUGGCGUAGAAGUUGAUCCCGCAAAGGUAGCAGCAAUCCAGGCUCUGAAGAGACCAUCGAACGUGAAGGAGGUGAAGCAGCUGCUGGGCAUGGUGAACUACGUGGGCCGCUUCAUCCCUCAGCUGGCAGAGACACUUCGACCUCUCAACGAUCUUCUGCGGAGGGAUCACCACUGGACCUGGGAUGUUCCGCAGGAGCAAGCACUGGAGGCGGUGAAGAGACUCGUGUCGGAGGCCCCCGUGCUAGCCAUCUUUGACCCUAACCUACCCACUGUCCUGGCAGCUGACGCCAGUAGCUAUGGUAUGGGUGGGGCACUGUUUCAGGAUCAUGGUGAUGCCGGACUUCGACCUAUAGCAUUCUGUUCUCGUACCCUGUCCUCAUGUGAGCAACAUUAUGCACAGAUCGAAAAGGAAUGUCUUGCUAUUACCCAUGCAUGUGAGAAGUUCCACCGAUAUGUUCAUGGGUUGAGAAAGUUUACUGUUCUUACGGAUCACAAGCCUCUGAUCCCACUCCUUAAUUCGAAGGACAUCGAUCUGGCUCCGGUUCGCUGUCAGCGGAUGCUGCUUCGACUGAUGCGGUAUGGGUUUGUUGCUGAGCACUGCCCGGGGAAGCAGAUGGUGGUGUCUGACCUGUUGUCUCGACAGCCCUUGGACGUUGACUCAGGAGACACCCGCCACGAGGAGCCUGGUGAUCUAGAAGAGGAGGUCCAGCUGUACGUUGACGCCGUGGUGUCCGGUGUCCUGGAGGACGCCAAGCUGGAAGAGGUCAAGUCAGCUCAGGAAGGCGAUCCAGUGCUGAGGAAGGUAGCAGAGGUCACGGAGAAGGGAUGGCCGGCUACAGCUACUGAACCAGAGGUGGAGAAGUUUCGAAGCCUUCAAGACAGCCUGUCCGUGGUGAGCGGAGUGCUGUGCUACGGAUCCAGAAUCCUGAUUCCAGAGUCAAUGAAGCGGGACGUGCUGAAGCGGAUCCAUGCUGGUCACAUCGGUUUGAACAAGAGCCGACAGGUGGCCAGGGAGAGUGUGUUCUGGCCGAGGUUGAGCGAGGACCUGAAGAACUUCAUCGAAGGAUGCGACUUCUGCCAGGCUCAACGACCCAGACAGCGGAGUGAGCCACUGAUUCCGACACCCUUGCCGGAGAGUCCCUGGAGGAAGCUCGGAGCUGAUAUUCUGGAGCACAAGGGAAAGUCGUACCUUGUGAUUGUUGACUACUAUUCCAGGUAUCCUGAGAUCCUGCAACUAUCGUCAAUUACAAGCGAACAAGUUAUCCUGAAAAUGCAGUCUGUCUUUGCGCGAUUUGGAUUGCCCUGCGAGCUGGUUACUGAUGGAGGGACGCAGUUUACCAGUGCGCUUUUCCAGGAGUUUUCCAGGGAGUGUGGCUUUGUCCACACUGUGACCAGUCCGCAUUUCCCGCAGGCUAAUGGGGAAGCGGAACGAGCGGUCCGCACUGCGAAGCACCUGCUGAAGCAGCCUGAUCCCUGGAUGGCUCUUCUCGCCUACAGAGCAGCACCUCUGCACACUCUGGGUCUCAGCCCUGCCGAGCUGUUGAUGGGGCGGAAGCUGCGGACGACCGUCCCGAUGCUACCGCAGAAGUUUCGGCGACCGGACGAUGAGGUCAGGCGAGCCGACGAGAGGCUCAAGAUGAAAGAUUGCCUCUGGCGAAGUCCGAGCCCCGAGAUCAGCAGUCCUGCCCAGCGGUACGUCUAGCCGGCCCGGCGAUGACUCGGCAGACCGGCCCGGUGAAGGCUCGGCGACGGCAGACCGGCCCGGUGAAGGUUCGGCGACGGCAGACCGACCUGGUGAAGGUUCGGCGACG